UAACUUCCUCAACUCAUUCAUAAUAGAUACUUUAUUCAAAGAUAUUGCAAGAAAGAUUAUAGAACUCUCUCUUUUUUUCUUAACAUAGGGGCUAGACUUCAUAUUUUUCUGUUUUUUUGGUUUUCAGCUUUUUGUUAAAUGAAAUUUCUAACUUGACAUAGGGGCUAGACUUCAUAACAUUAACUCCUCAAACCACCAUGGAAGGAGGAGUUUUCUCUGCUCAGGGUCAGAAGCCUACUUAUCUUCUUCUUCUCCUUCAUAUUUUCCUGCUUGCUUUGCUUCCAUUCAAGGCCAUUUCAUCACCAAAAACACAGGCAGAAGCUUUGCUAACUUGGAAGAACACCUUUGCUUCUGCACCACCUUCUCUCACUUCAUGGUCCCUCACUAACCUCAACAAUCUUUGCAACUGGACUGCCAUUGUUUGUGACCACAGCACCAAACAAGUUUCCCAAAUUGACCUCUCCAACUUCAACAUCUCUGCAACACUAACCCAUUUCAACUUCACCCCAUUUCUCAAUCUCACCCAAUUCAACCUCUAUGGCAACAAUUUCACAGGGCCUGUGCCAUCUGCCAUUGGCAACCUCUCCAAGCUCACAACUUUGGACUUGGGCGACAACUCUUUCGAUAAAAUACCUGUGGAGAUAGGCAAGUUAACAGAGCUCAAGUAUCUGAGUUUCUUCAACAACUUUCUUCGUGGUACUAUUCCCUAUCAGCUCAGCAAUCUCCAAAAGGUACAGUUUUUGAUUCUGGGAGCCAACUACUUAUUCGAAACUCCUGACUGGUCUAAAUUUUCAGGCAUGCCUUCUUUGACAUACCUUGAUUUUUCUCUAAACAGUCUUGAUUCAGAAUUUCCAGAAUUUAUAUCUAAAUGUUUGAACUUGACAUUCCUGGACUUGUCUGGAAAUUCCUUUACUGGCCAAAUACCACCACAAGUAUUUACCAUUCUGGGCAAGCUUGAGUUUCUCAAUCUCACCAACAACUACUUCGAAGGACCACUGCCAUCAAACUUUCCCAAGCUUAAACACCUUCAUUUAGCACAGAACCACUUCGGUGGUCCAAUUCCUGAAGAUAUUGGUUUGAUAUCUGGCCUUGAAAGAAUUGACCUGCGUACCAAUUCCCUUGAAGGGCCAAUUCCUUCUCAGCUUGGUCUCUGCACCAACCUCACCUACUUAGCCCUGGCUUCCAAUCACCUUGAAGGGAAAAUUCCAUCCUCUAUAGGCCAACUCAGGGAGCUCAAAUAUCUUGGUCUUCGAAACAAUUCUUUGAACUCUUCAAUCCCGUCUGAGCUUGGUCUUUGUACCAACCUCACCUACUUGGACCUGGCUUCCAAUUUCCUCAGUGGGGAACUGCCUGUGUCCUUGUCCAAGCUUACCAACAUUGUUGUAUUGGAUUUAUAUGGGAAUUCAUUUACUGGUCCACUAUUGCCUUCUCUGGUUUCCAAUUGGACUGAAAUGUUCUCUUUACAACUUCAAAACAACACCUUCGGCGGGAAUAUUCCAGCAGAAAUUGGGCUUUUGACAAAACUCAAGGUCCUUUAUCUGUUCCAAAACAAGUUCACUGCCUCGAUUCCCUCAGAGAUUGGAAACUUGGAAGAUUUGAUAGAUUUGGAUCUUUCUGGAAACCAGCUAUCAGGGCCAAUUCCAUCCUCUAUAGGCCAACUCAGGGAGCUUAUAUACCUUAAUCUCGGAGAGAAUUCCUUAAACUCUUCAAUCCCUUCUGAGCUUGGUCUUUGUACCAACCUCACCAACUUGUACCUGACUUCCAAUCACCUUGAAGGGAAAAUUCCACCUUCUAUAGGCCAACUCAGGGAACUUCAGUACCUUGAUCUUCACAUGAAUUCCUUGGAUUCUUCAAUCCCAUCUGAGCUUGGUCUUUGUACCAGCCUCACCUACUUGGACCUGACUUCCAAUCACCUUGAAGGGAAAAUUCCAUCCUCUAUAGGACAACUCAGGGAGCUUCAGUACCUUGAUCUUCACAUGAAUUCCUUGGAUUCUUCAAUCCCAUCUGAGCUUGGUCUUUGUACCAGCCUCACGUACUUGGACCUGACUUCCAAUCACCUUGAAGGGAAAAUUCCAUCCUCUAUAGGACAACUCAAGGAGCUUCAGUACCUUGAUCUUUACAAGAAUUCCUUAGACUCUUCAAUACCAUCUGAGCUUGGUUUUUGUACCAGCCUCACCUACUUGGACCUGACUUCCAAUCACCUUGAAGGGAAGAUUCCGCCUUCUAUAGGCCGACUCAGAAAUAUCCAGCACCUUGAUCUUAGUAACAAUUCCUUAAGUUCUUCAAUCCCUUCUGAGCUUGGUUUUUGUACCAGCCUCACAUACUUGGAUCUUUCGAGAAACCAGCUCUCUGGGUCAAUUCCUCUAACACUAAGCAACCUUGCAAAUAUUCAGACCUUAAAUCUUUCCAACAACAAUCUCAAUGGCCCAUUCCCGCCAGAGAUCUGCUUCCCAUUCCUGGAGAAUCAUGAUUUUUCUAAUAACAAUUUGACACAGGAUGUCCAAAAAGCCCCCGAGGAUACUUUUGUUGGAAACUCUGGCUUGUGUGGAGAUGCUAGGGGCCUAACUAGAGCGCGCAAUUCCGAAAAAAAAAACAACAAAGUUAUAAUUGGUGUCCUUGUACCUGUUUGUAGUAUAUCAGUGGUUGCAAUUACAAUUGCUCUGAUUCUUAUGUUCCAUAAGAAAACCAAGUGUGCACUUAAGAAAAUCAAUAGUACUGCCCAAAAUUUUGAGAAUUUUGAGUCAAUGAUAUUGCAAGAAGAAGUAAAAUUUACGUUUGGGGAAGUUGUAAAGGCCAUAGAGGAUUUUCAUGAGAAGUACUGUAUUGGAAAAGGAGGAUUUGGAAGAGUAUACAAGGCAGAGUUGCUAUCAGGUCAAGUUGUUGCAGUUAAGAGGCUUAACAUGUCAGACUCUAACGACAUUCCAGCAAUCAAUCUCCAAAGUUUCGAGAAUGAAAUCCUAACUCUGACAAAUGUCCGGCACAGGAACAUCAUUCGGCUAUAUGGGUUCUGUUCAAGGAGGGGAUGCAUCUUCUUGCUCUAUGAAUAUUUAGAGAGAGGCAGCCUGGGAAAGGCAUUGUAUGGGGUUGAAGGGGUAACUGAACUUGGAUGGGCUACAAGGGUCAAAGUUGUGAAAGGAUUAGCUCAUGCACUUUCUUACUUGCACCAUGACUGCUCUCCACCAAUUGUGCACCGUGAUGUAACUGUCAACAAUGUAUUGCUGGAGUCGGAUUUCGAAGCCCGACUUUCCGAUUUUGGAACAGCAAGACUGAUUAGUGCUAAUUCAUCCAACUGGACCCAUAUUGUUGGCUCAUUUGGCUACAUGGCACCAGAGCUUGCAUUGACAAUGCGAGUCACGGAUAAGUGUGAUGUGUAUAGCUUUGGAGUAGUGGCGCUGGAAGUUAUGAUGGGAAGGCACCCAGGGGAUCUGCUAGAAUCCCAGCUAUCAGAAUCAUCACAAUCAAUGAAGGAGGACAAUGCAGAGUUGUUUUUGAAGGAUUUGUUAGACGAAAGGCUGGAGGCUCCAAGCAAUGAAUUGGCAAAGGCAGUGGUGCUUGUGAUGAGUUUAGCCUUGGCUUGUAUACGUAUGCGUCCAGGGUCUCGACCUACAAUGCUUUACGUAGCACAAAAACUAUCAGCUCAGAGUCUGCCUUCCCUUCCUUUACCAUUUGGCAUGCUAACCAUCAACAAGCUGAUGGGGAUAUAAAAACUAGAAGGAAGAAAAAAAA